AUGGUGACGGACGAGGACAAUGCGACGAUAGAGCGCAUGGUGAGCGAGGGCAAGUCGGCCAUGGCCAUCCGCGCCGCCGUGCCUAACGUGUCGCGCACCAAUGUCUAUCUCAAGAUUGCAAAGUUCAAGAAGCACGGCACCGUCGGCCGAGUGCAGACAAAGACGCUGGGCAGGCCGCGAGCCAUGAGCGAAGGAGUCGACAAGUUCUUGCAGGGCCUGCUCGCCGCCAAACCAGACAUGGAGCUCGACGAGAUGCGCCGCCAUUUGCAGAAAGAACUGCAACUGACUGUGUCCAUGUCGACCAUCUCACGCGCCAUUGCCCGCGCCGGCAUUGCCACAGGACAGAGACCUGUCCGUACGCGCACAACUGCAUCUACCUCUACCGCCGGUCGUCGCCGUGCUGCCAACAAGGCCAUCGCCCAGAAAGAAGCACCCGCUCAACCUCAACCUUUAACACAGCAGCAGCCUCCUCCUCUUGCUCUUCAUAUCUCUCAGCAUGUUCCGAUCGACCAUCUCAACGAUCUCCCUACCGAUGCCCACCUCCUUGACCCAUGGCAGGACUUGACCAUACCUACAUCGCAGCACCCGCAUCACCAUCCACAGUUGCAGCCACACCACAUGCACGUCCUCGAUCCUUCCCUUGCUCCUCCUUACCACAGCGUUGCCGUCUAUCACGAUCUCUAUGCAGAUCCUGAUCCUCACGUCAUGGCCAUGAAUGCCUCUGCUCUGGAUGUUUACAGAAGUCCAUAUGCUCCUCUUUGA